CCAAGUCCGUAAAGCAGCGUCCCGAGGCCAAGUAGGCGCUGAGGUGGAAAGGGUGCUGGUGAAAGAUUUGUGGCGGUGCAGGCAUGGCUGGUCCAUUCCAGGGUGGUGGGGCCAGGGCUCUGGGCUUGAUCCGGACCCUGCCCCGUGUGAGUCUGGCCAACCUAAAGCCGAAUCCAGGUUCGAGGAAACUGGAAAGACGACGAAGAGGUCGGAGAAGAGGUAGAAAAUGUGGCAGGGGCCAUAAAGGAGAACGGCAGAGGGGAACACGGCCCCGACUGGGCUUCGAGGGAGGCCAGACCCCAUUUUACAUCCGAAUUCCCAAAUACGGGUUUAAUGAAGGCCAUAGCUUCAGACGCCAGUAUCAGCCUUUGAGUCUCAACAGACUGCAGUAUCUUAUUGAUUUGGGUCGAGUUGAUCCCACUCAACCUAUUGACUUAACCCAACUCGUCAAUGGAAGAGGUGUGACCAUUCAACCACUUAAAAGGGAUUAUGGUGUCCAGUUAGUAGAAGAGGGUGCUGACACCUUUAAGGCAAAAGUUAAUAUUGAAGUACAGUUGGCUUCAGAACUAGCCAUUGCUGCAAUUGAAAAAAAUGGCGGUGUCAUUACUACAGCUUUCUAUGAUCCAAGAAGUCUGGAAAUUCUAUGCAAACCUGUUCCAUUCUUCCUGCGGGGACAACCCAUUCCAAAAAGAAUGCUUCCACCUGAAGCCUUAGUCCCAUAUUACACUGAUGCAAAGAAUCGGGGUUACCUGGCGGAUCCUGCCAAAUUUCCUGAAGCAAGACUUGAACUUGCCAAGAAGUAUGGUUAUAUUUUACCUGAUAUCACUAAAGAUGAACUCUUCAAGAUGCUUAGUACUCGAAAGGAUCCAAGGCAGAUUUUCUUUGGUCUUGCUCCUGGAUGGGUGGUGAAUAUGGCAGAUAAGAAAAUCCUAAAGCCUACAGAGGAGAAUCUGCUCAAGUAUUACAGCUCAUGAAUUUUCUUCCAAGAAAGCAGAGUUGUAAGAGAAUACUGGAAAAGGGAAUGAAACAUAUGUAUUACUCAUUGCAUUUCCUUUGUAAUUCUCCAGAUGCCUUUUAAAAAAUGUUUUUGGUAUAAUCGUAUCUUUUUUUCACUUUUAUCCAAAAUUAAAAAUGCAGUAAACAAGGACUGCAUAGAGGGACUCAAACUGUGUGGGUUCUAUCGAAGAUACUCCCUGAUGGUCUGCCAAAGGAAGAUUAUAACAUUUAGAAAUAUAACAUAUUUCUAGCUCUGCCCAAUGUGGCUUAGUGGAUUGAGUGCUGGCCUGCAAACCGAAAGGUCACUGGUUCAAUUCUCUGCCCCAGCAUGUGCCUGGGUUGUGGGUCAGGUCCCUAGUUGGGAGCAUGCAGGAGACAGCUGAUUGAUGGUAUGACAUAUUUCUCACACAUUAAGGUUUUCCUCACUUUCCCCCCUCUCAAAAAAUAAAUAAAAUCAUUUUUAAAAGAA